AUGGGUUUGGCAGAAGUAAGAAAUAAACAAAAAAUAGGGCAGGAUCCUAGAAAUAUGAAAUGGGUAAAAGAUAUAAAUAGGUUUGGAUUUAAGCAUCUUUUAUCUUAUGGAUGGAAGCCUGGGCUAGGUCUUGGGAAAAAUUACCAUGGAAAAACAGGAAAUAUUUCUAGUUUUAUUCAAAAGAAGCAAUUUAUUUUGGAUUCUUCUUUUUCUCCGGUUGGUUUAAAUGAUUUAAAUGAAAUAUUAGGACGUUUAAAUAAUCAAAAUUUUCAUACUGAAAGUCUUGAUUCGUAUAAUAAGCAUGUUAUAUUUCCAAAGAUUCAUAUGAAUAUUUUGGGUAGUAGUCUUUCAACGAGAUUUGUUAGAGGAAAACCUUAUAAAACGGAAUUUACUCAAUAUCUAAAGUAUAAAGAAUCAUAUGGAAUAUCAGAAAAUAUGCUUAGAAGGUUCAUGAAUUAAAAAUGAAAAAAAUGUUUAAAAAUAUUUAAAAAUCAUAAAUAUUAAAAAUAUUUUGCAAAAAAAUGAAAAAAAAAAAUAAUUUAUAGAUGAAUUUUAUACUUUAGAUGUGGCAUUUAAGUUUCACUUAGAUUUAUUUAAUUUUUUAUAUAUGAUAUAUUAUUGUUAAAUGUACUAAAGAUCAUUGACUAAAAUAAAUUAUAAGAAACA